AUGGUGCAGGAGGAAGGAGCGACGAAGGGGCCGUAUCCAGCAGAUGUUCCAGCCACACACAUCCUACAAAGGCUUUCUGAUGCCCUUUCUUCCUUUACUGUACCUGAUCAGAAUGUUCUAGAAAGGACUUCAAAAGGGUUUUCGAAGUCUCCAGUACAGGAAAUUGAUGAAUAUUUCGAGCUUGUUGCUAAACUCGGUCGACCACUUUUUAAGUGGGAUAUAAUUCGAUGUGCUUUCCUUUGGAAACUUGAGCAAACGAUGUCAGAAAUGCUGUGUAUCGAGACAGAAAAUGUAGUUACGGAAAAUGAAAAAAAAACGCUCGUAUCAGAUGAUGAUUUGUAUCAACAACGUCAAUUCAUUUUGCGAAAAGCUGCGGAAUUUGAUGGAACACCUUUUACUUUCCAGAGGCUAUGUGAGCUUCUGAUUAGUCCUUCUCGACACUACAAACGAACAGACAAAUAUCUUCGGGCUUUGGAAAAGAAUAUCAACGUGGUGACGACAAUUACAGAGAGUGGAGAACGCAUAACAGGCGUAGAGCCAUUUCCGGGAGAACUAGAUAUUAAUUCUACGGCUCGCAUUGAGGAGCCAUUUUUCGUCCAGGUGGAUGAAUGUGAUGCUCCAGUAGAAACGAAAGUGAUUGCAGCUGGAGACCAUGUUAGCAGAGAAAACAAAUCCCCAGAAAUAGUUGCAAAAGAACUAGCAAUUGGCGACUGUGCUCCAAUCAAUUUAUCUUCAUCGCGCGAUGCUAAGGACGAGCUGCCUGAGAUUAAGCAAGAAAACUUGGAGCACGAAACAGAACGCAAUAGUUUAUUGAAUGAACCGCUGAGAAAACCAGAGACGCACAAUGUCAAACAAGAAGAGAUGAAAGUCGUCAAUUAG